AUGUCCCACCUCGACUUGACCCGAGAAUGGCUCGGCAACGUCCUAAGACCUUAUCAAGCGAAAGAGAGGAUAAUCAAUGAAGUGAUGAAGAUACUGAGUGAACGAAAGACUUUAAGCGUUAAAACCGACGCGUUCACAUUCGACUCGGGUCAGACCGCUUUACUACUGUUACUGCACGGUACAUUACCUAUAAACUAUCGAGGAGCGACAUACCAUAUACCUAUACAUGUAUGGGUAUCACAUGAUUAUCCGAGAUCGCCCCCAUUGUUAUUCGUGGUACCCACCAAAGAGAUGGGAGUGAGAAGGUCCAAAGAGGUUGAUCCGUCUGGUAGGAUACGGGAGGAGGUGGUGCAAGAAUGGUGGAGGAUAUGGCCUACUCAAGAUCUUGAAACGAUAUUACGACAUCUUACGGACAUAUUCUCAGCUGCUCCUCCAGUAUAUGCAAAACCCCCUGAACCAUCUUCUCCGGCUCAAUCAUCCAGAUCAUCGAUUAGCUCACCUAGUCAACCGAGAUCUCAACCCCAACCGCAAGCUUCGAUACAAGGUCAACCUCCUCCACCACCUGCUAGACCAGGAUUCGGCCCGCCUCUGACUCAGAACCCAGAUGUAUUGCCCCAGUAUCGACCUGCUCCCACUCCUCCUCCCCACUCACUUGCUCAGGGAUCACACUCUAGACAGUCAUCCGGUACAUAUCUUGGGACACCACCUCAGCAUCCUGCUUCUCCGCCUGUACCCAAUAGACCUGCAAGGAUACCUCAGCCUCAACCUCAGUCACCGAUCUCGCAAGCGGUUGGACCGAUGUUACCCCAACGACCAUAUAUACCUCAGCCGCAACCUCAGGUUCAGUCACAGGCACCUUUAUCGUUUCCUUCGCAGCAGCCUAUGUCCCCUCUUCGGUCAGAUGCAGGUCAGACACAGGGAUAUCCAAAUGGAUAUCAGCCACCUGCCCAGGGAUACUAUCCUCCGCAGAUGAACAAUCAAUCUCAACAACCUCAACCCCCUAUACCCCUUCAUCCCCGACCAAGCCACCAACCACAACAGCCCCAACACCCUCCGCCUGCUCAAUCCCUGAUACCACCUCGUCAGCCUAUUCCAGACUUACUCGGCUCACCCGAACCUUCUUCUCUAUCUUUACCAGCUACCACCGAUGAUCCAUCCAUUCCUCCACCAUUACCACCUUCCAAACCACCUCCACCAUCCCUCCAACACCUUCAGUCAAUCCUCUUACCGCAUUUACAAGCUUCUUUACCCCCCUUGAUCCACUCAUUGCAAUCUACGCAACAACACUUGUUGGAACGUAAGGAAGAUCUGGUAUCGGGUGAACCGGCAAUCAAAGAUGAGAUGGCGCGUUUGGAAGCUGUCAAGAAAGUAUGUGAUUCUACUGGAAGGAAACUCGCUGAGGUGGUUCAGAAGGGUGAAGAUAGGGUGAACGAAUUGGAGGGUAAGGGCGAGAUAGGGGUGGAUGAGUUGGUUUGUGGGAUUAGUAUCGUACAUAAUCAACUCAUCGAUCUAGUUGCUGAAGAUAACGCGAUUGAAGAUACGAUCUACCAUAUGACUCGAGCAUUGGAUGCUGAGCGUGUAGAUCUAGAUAGAUAUCUCAAAUCUAUAAGAUCUCUGGCUCGAGAACAGUACAUGAAAAGAGCUUUGAUAGAAAGGAUAUUACAGGGCAUGGGACAGACUCAGGGAUGGUAG